GGUGUUGAACUCCAUUACCCAGGUUCCUUAGUUAGAACAACAAGACCAGCUGUUUCGGUCGACCAAUGAGAGGGUAGUAUUCUGCCCGGCUGACCAAUGAGAGGGCAGUAUUCUGCCCGGCUGACCUAUGAGCGGGCAUCAUUCAGUUUCCGUGCUGACGUGCGGCUCCUAGCUGAUUUAGCAACUUCCGGUAAACAGGUCUACCGUUCGGGAGAAGAACCAGAGAAGGUCCACAGAAACAUGUCUGAACCCAGCAAGCAGGACAUCGCCGCGGUUUUCAAGCGGCUCCGCUCGGUGCCCACCAACAAGGCGUGCUUCGACUGCUCCUCUAAGAACCCCAGCUGGGCGAGCAUCACCUACGGGGUGUUCCUCUGCAUCGACUGCUCCGGGACGCACCGCUCCCUCGGGGUGCACCUGUCCUUCAUCAGGUCCACAGAGCUUGACUUCAACUGGUCCUGGUACCAGCUGAGGUGCAUGCAAGUGGGAGGAAACAGCAAUGCGUUCAGCUUCUUCAGCCAGCAUGGCUGCACCACCAGCGCCGCCAACGCCAAGUACAACAGCCGGGCUGCGACGCAGUACCGCGACCGGGUGAAGACCCUGGCUACCCAGGCCACCCGCACACACGGGACAGAGCUAUGGUUGGAGAGCCAGGCUCCGAUCUCCCCGACGGUUCCGGACAACAAGCCUGAUGACUUCUUCAGCCUCCACACCCUGGAUGUGACUGAGAACAAGAACAUGCCCCUGAUGAACCUCAGCAGCCCUCCCAUUGAGAAGGCUUCUCUCCAGCCGUCACAGGAGGACAGCAACGGAAACUCGGAGGAGGGUCCCAGCGUGGACAUGCUCGGGGUCUCCCCUAAAGCCCAUCCAGAGCCCACCUCCUCCAUGUUCAAGAAGAAACCAACCGGGGCCAAGAAGACGCUGGGCACCAAGAAGGGGGGCCUGGGGGCUCAGAAGGUGAGCAGCCAGAGCUUCUCCGAGCUGGAGAAGAGAGCGCAGGCCGUGGACAAGCUGAGGGAGAAGGACGACACAGCCGGCCCCCCCGGCCCCGCCAAGAAGACCGGCCGCGAAGACGCCGCCCUGGCUCCGUCUCUGCGCCUGGCCUACAAGGACCUGGAGGCCCAGCGGAAGCUGGAGGACCAGAAGUUGAAGGGGCUGCAGGGCAACCGCAAGGAGCAGGCGGAGAGGCUGGGCAUGGGCAUGGGCAUGAGGAGUGGCGUGUCCCACUCGGUGAUGUCCGACAUGCACAUGAUCCAGCAGGAGGCCCCCGGGGGGGUGAAGGCCCCCAAGCCCCGGAGAUACAUCGAGGAGGAGGACGACGAGGGCAGCUUCAGCCCCAGGGCGACCCCAAGGGCUGACGAGCCAGGGGAGCCGGGGGGGGAGUACUCCUCCUCGUCCCGCUGGGGGGAGCGGGCGGACGGGGGCUGGAGCAAGGAGAGGAAACCAGAGCCCGACUUCUUCCUGACCGCAGGCAUCACGUCUCUGGAUGACCGACCCGCGUCCCGGAGGAAACCAGACCCUGCCCCGGUCUCGGACACCGGAGAGGCCCAGAAGAAGUUCGGAGACUCCAAGUCCAUCUCCUCCGAUAUGUUCUUUGGGAAACAGGACAACUCUGAGUACGAGAGCCGCUCUCGACUGGAGCGUUUCUCCGGGAGUUCCUCCAUCAGCUCAGCCGACCUGUUCGACGACCCCAAGAAGCAAGCAGCGGCGGGUUCGUACCGGUUCACCAAUGCGUUGCCUAGCGCCCCGGACAUGUCCCAGCUCCGGCUCGGCGUGCGCUCGGUUGCCGGGAGGCUGUCGGGCAUGGCGAGCGGAGUGGUCACCUCCAUCCAGGAUCACUACGGCUCCUGAGUGGGUGUCUGUGUUUGUGUUUGUCUGUGAGUGUGUGUGUGUGUGUGUGUGUGUGUUUUGAGUCCAUCGUGAGCUCUGCUCUGCCCGCACCCCAGGAACCCUUCUGUUAGGCGAAGGUCAGACCCCCCCCCCCCCCCCC